AAAGCAUUGAGUGGUGUCACCACCCCGCUGGAAACAUCAACGACAAAGGUCGUGCGCUUAACAGUCUUCGCUUCGGAACACUGGUCGAGCAGUGUGUUGAAGUUUCUCCGUUUCAAAAGUGCCUUGAUUCAUAAACUUAUUCCAACGCAUUUGUCUUCAUAACCUCGGGAAAGUUGUGCUUUUUCGGAUUUCGUUGGACGCUUGUUGUUGAAAAAUGGCGGACGAGGGCCACGAGAAUGGCACGAGCAACGGUGACGUGCCGGAGAUAGAACUCAUAAUCAAGGCCUCGACCAUCGAUGGCAGGAGGAAAGGCGCCUGUCUCUUCUGCCAGGAGUACUUCAUGGAUCUGUACUUGCUAGCCGAGCUCAAGACCAUAUCGCUCAAAGUAACAACGGUCGAUAUGCAGAAACCACCACCGGAUUUUCGCACGAAUUUCCAGGCGACACCGCCUCCAAUCCUCAUCGACAAUGGCGAGUCGAUCCUCGAGAACGAGAAAAUCGAGAGACACAUCAUGAAGAAUAUUCCUGGCGGUCACAACCUUUUUGUACAAGACAAAGAAGUUGCUACACUCGUCGAAAAUUUGUUCAGUAAAUUGAAGCUUCUCUUACUGAACGCAAAGGAAAAGGACAAAGACCCGAAAUCGUCCUCGCUAAUGGCACAUCUUCGCAAAAUCGAUGAGCACCUCGGUCGCAAAGGCACGCGUUUUCUUACGGGAGACACGAUGUGCUGUUUCGAUUGUGAGCUCAUGCCACGUCUACAGCACAUCAGGGUCGCUGGAAAAUAUUUUGCGGACUUUGAAAUACCAGAGACCCUGGUUAACCUUUGGCGAUACAUGCAUCACAUGUACAGACUCGACGCGUUUCUUCAGAGCUGUCCAGCCGAUCAGGAUAUAAUCAAUCACUAUAAGUUGCAGCAGAGCAUGAAGAUGAAGAAGCACGAAGAAUUGGAGACGCCAACAUUUACGACCAGCAUCCCAAUCGAAGUGAACGACGAUUAGAGGCUGUGCCUCCGCCGAGUUUCCGGUCCGUGACCUUGGGAUAUCGGACGUGUCACAUUUGCGUCUGCGGCCUCGUUUUAGUGAAUAAAAAAAAAAAGAGAAGAAACGAAAGAAUGCUUGAAGAAGCGAAUACGUCGACAAUCGAGUAAACUGUGCAAGAAAGAAACAAAAAGUAAAUAAUUGAUAGGAGCAAAAAGAGUGAAAAAGCACACGCGAGUCAUGAGAACGUAUGCUAUUCGAAGUUUUUUAUAAUACUGCUAAAAACAAAUUACGCGGAGCAGCGUUAGACUUUAUUCACUAAGGAAUAUCUACUUUUAUAACGCGACCGGUGUCCACACAUAUUUAGAAAAAAUAUGCUUGCACGAAUGAAUUUACAUUCGAGUGUUACGCUUGAAAAAAAUAAAAAAAAAUUCAAAAACAAAACGAAACGUGCUGACGUAACGAAGGCAGUAAAUAAAUUUUCUACGACGCUUUUCAAAUGUGCCCGAGUUCGCGAGACGUUCUAGUUGGUUUUUCUCUCUCUCUCGCGUUCUCACUUUCUUCUCACUUUUCAAUCACGAAUGAAAGGCUUGUUUAUUCUCAUUUUCUUCUUUUCUCAAACCUCACAGACACGAUUGUUUAUACAACGACCUUGUCGACCGUCGUCCCGUCAUCAGGGGAAAUUCGUCGUCUUCGAAUCGUCGCGAACCCUCUUAAUGCCUCGGUUCACGUGCGCCAUUUUUUAAACGAUUUUCGAGACAAUUUGCUUUUUACGUCUCCAAUUAAUUCGUCCUUGUACUUGAUGCUACGUAAACUCAUCGUUGUUUCAUCGUUAAGUUUGUACGAUAAGAAUUGACAAGAAAUUUAAGCAGAAUUCGAAACGAAAGCGGAUCAAAAAUUGGAUAGAACUAGCGAAACCAUAACGUGGCCUCGAUGAGACGGAUGUUCGGCCAUCAGAUUCCCAUAUUUUUGUGCCAAAUUCGAAGACCAACAUCCGCCUCACCGUCUAACCACUUGCUUAUCAAACAUUUCUUUUGUCGGAUGUGAGGGUCUCAUUUUCAGCAAAAUAUGCUUCACACUUAAUCGACGGCCUGCGCAAUAUAAGCAAAGUGUUGCAAACCUUUAUAAAUUUCAUAUUAAUUCGUACGUAUUUAUAUUUGUUUAUAUAUUUACUACGAUUGAAGAAAACAAAAAACAAAAAAUUAGAGGAUCUACCGCUAUUCCUGUAUUAUUAAUAUUAUUGAUUAAUGAAUUUAUUAUUAUUGUAUUAUUAUUGAUACAUUUUGGUUUAUACUCGUAAAAAAGAGAAAUCAAAUAUACCAGUGUUUACAAUAAAUUAUAAUCCCUAUCGUA